AUGGCCAUGAUGGACUCCUCUGGGUGGAAUCCCCAGGAUCAGGCCAUGGCGUCAACCACGGAGGAUGACUUUCAGCAGUUUCUCGAGAUGCAGGGCAUGUCAAAUAUGGGCGAUGGCUUAAAUUUUGAUUUUCAGUCCUUCCAGGACUCCAAUAACACAGCGAUGCUAUCGCAGGCACCCCGUGAGCAAAUGGAUACGUCAAUGGGCGGUACGGAACCUUCUCUCGUUAUACCUACGACAGCCGGCUUGAGCCAAGGACAGAUAACUGCCAUGACUACCGGAGCGAGUCACGGCUCCAUCCAGGCACACAUUGCUCACAUGCCGCCCACUCCAACCGAUGCCAUCUCCGAGAUCGACGCCCAAAUUCAGUAUCUUCAGCAGCAAAGGCUUCAGCAGCAGCAGCGGCAAGCGCGCGAACACCAGUCAACGUUCUACAACGGUCGGAAUCAUGUAGUACCACCCACUCCUCAGAGUCUGGAGAUCCAAGCUGGGACCGGGCAAUUCUUCUCCCCGGUGGAGACUCCCAUGUUCGACAACCGUGCCCACUGCAUGAAGGAUACUCAACCAGAGAUGGCCUUCACCCCCCUUGUGUCGCCAGCCGUGACACCUCUAGAUCCUCAUUUCAAUGUCGACUCGACUUUCGCCCUCCCAGGCACAUACUUUAGCCCUCUAACUUCUCCAGCCCUCCAUGCCCAAAACGAUCCCGGCGUCUUUUACGGCCAACAGCAGAUGCAGCAGCCGGUGGUUAACACAACAUCUCCCGUCGAAAUGGAUUUGGAAACGCCGACACCGACGGCCCCGAUUUCUGACAACACGAAGAAGGCGCGGAAAUCAGGCACGAAGACGGGCAGAAAAGUGAAUGUUCGCCAGUCGCCAAUUGCGAAGCCUCAACGGCGGAAAACCACUAGCUCCUCUAUUGUCAACCAAGUGCUUAAUGAAGCGGUGGAGAACCGUCUCACUUCGAGUCCUAGUGUUCUAGCCAACCGCCGGGAAGACACUGACGAGAACAGUUCAGUCUCUCCAGAAGCUCUUUCAGACAUGCCUCCACCUCCUUUACCCCCUCCGAAAGCAAGCAGCAAGAAGGCAAAACCCGCCGCCUCCUUACCUCUCGCAGCGAUGCCCUCCCCAGCAACCCCGGCCUCCCUAAUGAAACUCCCCGCCUCUUCGAGCACCGUUAAAGUCAUCCCCCCUGCGAGCAAUCACAGAGGACAGGCCUUGUCAGACCCUAUGGAUACGUUCUUCCAACUUCCGGAUUCAGCCACCGAAAUCCCAGAAGACCAUCCCUCCCCCAACGAUGCCCAGACGCAAGAGCAAAGACAGUCGACGGCGAGAGAAUCGAGUGCAGGAAAGACGCCGUUGAUGCAAGCCCUGCCAUCGCCAUCUUUUGCUAGGUCGGGGACGAUAUCGGCGAGCCAGAGCCCAAUGCUGGCACCUGGCGGCUCUACUCCCGCGGCUCGGAGGACACCACAACUAGGGCCUCGCGGGAGCAAGAAGAGGACGGGUUCCGUGACGGCAUCCCCAGCCCUAUUGCCUAAGAUCUCGCCAAAUAUAAAACCUCUUUUGCCCGGUGCUGGAGACGAGUCCCUGGAGGAUACAGCAUCCCGACUACUAGCCACUAAAUCCAACUACCAAAAUAUUCUCGAGGGCAACAAGGUCCCUGGUGUUUCUUACCCGAGUGAGCUGUCGACAAAUCUCACGUCUAAACGCACGUCGCACAAGAUUGCGGAACAGGGUCGCAGAAAUCGCAUCAACUCCGCUCUCCAAGAGAUUGCCUCUCUAUUACCGAAGGGAAGCUCCAAAGACGGCAAGAGCAGCGACGAUGCGGACGGCAGCGGCGAAAAGAAGGAUGGAAAGUCGGGCGUUCCCAGCAGCAAGGCGAGCACAGUGGAGAUGGCGAUCGAGUACAUCAAGCAGCUAAAGAGAGAAGUGGCCGAAGCUACCAAACGCGCAGAAGAGGCGGAGAGAAAGCUGGGAAUAGGUGGAGUGGAGGGCAAUGGACAAUCGGAGCUAAGUAGGUCGGCCAACGAAGCGGAGAGAAGCGCCUUGACAGGAGCUCCACAGAACGGGGAGCCGGCCACUUAG